AUGGUUGGUGCACCCGAUGUCGUUAAGCCGUCAGACAAAGUUGAAGACUACUCGCCACACGUCAACGGCAACCCAAUUUUCACUAUCAGCGAUGAAAUUGGCAGUCCAGACACUGGAUUUACUAUGGCGUCGAUGAAUUCAAACGGGGACCUAAAAAGUAUUGGUGACCCUCCAGAAAAAAAGAUCGCAGAAGCGGAUGCUGAGAAACAACCAUUGUCUGGAAAAAAAGAAGAAAGAUGGUGGAACACCUUAAUGCAGGUCGCGGUUCCGUUCUUCAUAGCCGGCUGUGGAACCAUCGGCGCGGGAUUGGUUUUGGGGACAGUCAGGAACUGGGAAGUCUUUCUUGAAGUAAACGCCAUAUUCGUCUUAGUGCCAUCUCUAUCGGGAUUAAAGGGCAACCUCGACAUGUGCCUCGCAUCUCGUCUGUCCACUCAAGCAAACCUCGGGAACAUGCAGUCGCCCCGGGAAGUCAUAUCCAUGGUGGUUGGAAACAUAUCAUUAGUUCAGGUGCAAGCAAUAGUUGCAGCUACCGUGGUGGCAAUGUUUGCGAUCAUCGUCAACACCAUCGUGGAUAGGGGUUUUAAUGGAAACUACGUUCUUUUGCUCAUUGCCUCUGCUAUAUUCACGGCUACCACCACUUGUUUUGUAUUAGACUUCGUGAUGGUAAUGGUGAUAUUCGGAUCUCAAAAGUUCAAAGUGAACCCGGAUAAUGUGGCAACACCCCUCGCCGCGUCCAUUGGCGACAUUGUAAGCAACUCCGUGCUAGCUGUCACCGCUCAAUACAUGUUCGAACAGAUAAAAAUAUCCUUAUGGCAACCUAUCGCUCUCCUGUGUGUGUACUACUGCCUCCUUCCCAUGUGGGUGUACAUUGUGUAUAAAAAUAAAUACACUAAGACAGUCUUAACUACGGGCUGGACCCCUGUUAUUUCUGCACUAUUUAUUAGCGGUAUCGGUGGCAUCGUUCUUGACCAGGCGGUCGACAAAUAUCAAGGAUACGAAGUAUUCCAGCCCAUUGUCAACGGUAUUGGUGGUAACCUGGUGUGCGUCCAAUCUUCGAGGCUUGCCACCCAUCUGCACCAGACCGCCAUCCCUGGUAUCUUACCUGAGAACACGAGGAUAAUCGAGUGGCCGUGGAAGACAUUGUUCUAUGGAACUCCUGCCGCUAAAGUAGCGCGAAUGUUGUUGGUGCUAGCGUUGUGUGGUCAGAUCGUCUUCAUGGUAGUCGCGGACUUCGUGUACCAAGGCUUUGUGUCGCUAGAGUUCGCGUUCGGAGUUACUUACCUUUUAUGCUCUGUUGUUCAGGUUAUGGUUCUGUUAUACCUCGCAUAUAUCCUGAUCCACUUUAUGUGGAAGAGGAAGAAGGACCCUGACAACGCGGCCAUCCCAUACCUCACCGCCUUGGGUGAUCUAUUAGGCUCCGUAUUCUUAGGUUUAGCAUUCGUCAUACUAUCGAUCUUCGGCAAGGAAUACGGCAACAAUAUAUCCGAU